AUGAGGGGUCUAUCUUAUCUCCCCCUCUUUCUUUCCCUCUUUUCCGCUGUUCAUAGUGCAACGACGUAUGACAAACGUGUAGUCAUUGAAGACAAUGCGGAUCUCGAGGCCCAUCUAAACAAACGAGUAUUCGGAGCUCACGAUGACCAUUUCCCAGAGGGUCAUGAUAGGCUCUACCCAAGGGAUGAUGCUUAUAACCAUCUCAAGGACAAGCGCGCUGUUCCUCUUGAAGUAGAAGCUGCGCGAAACAUUAUAAAACAAGCCCAAGUCGCUCAAGCAAAAAAGAACCGCAACAGGUUCAGAAACCCAAUUCGCCCAACGUUCGAAUUGAGACCUCCUCGAAAGGCCGCUAAGAGCUCCCAAAGAGUCGCCAGUUCUAGUGCUGGAGAUCCAAGCAUCUCUGAGGAAGUAACAGAUGCUGCGAAGCUUAUCGCCGAGUUUGAAGCGCCGACAUACAAUGAGACUCUGCCAGAUCUCGGCCCUGGCUUCCCAAAGCUUGAAAAGCGUCAAGGCGGUGCUUUCUGGAUGGAGGGCGUAUCACAUGGAGCCGUUGCAAUUGGCGGUAGCGCCGGAUACCAGGUCUUCCGGAACGUUAAGGAUUUCGGUGCUGUUGGAGACGGGCGAACGGAUGAUACUGCUGCUAUCAACCUUGCUAUCUCAAGCGGUGAUCGUUGCGGCAACAAUUGCGGCUCCAGUACUGUAAAGCCUGCUUUGGUGUACUUUCCAAGCGGGACGUAUUUGGUCUCGAAGUCUCUUGUUGGUUACUACAACACCCAGAUGGUUGGAAAUGCUGCCAAUCCUCCUAUAAUUCGUGCUGCAAGCUCUUUCGUCGGCCUUGGUGUAAUCUCUUCUAAUGUGUACGUCGAGGGUGCAGAUGGAGGGCAAUGGUACAUCAAUCAGAACAACUUCAUGAGACAGGUCCGGAACUUCAUUAUUGAUAUGAGAGCAAUUCCAAAUGUUAUGGAAGGCCAGGGAGUGAGGCCAGCGGGUAUUCAUUGGCAAGUUGCGCAGGCUACUUCUUUACAAAAUAUUCAAAUCAUUAUGUCGAGCCGCGCGGAUACUACUCACCUCGGUAUCUUCAUGGAAAACGGUUCCGGUGGUUUUAUGAGCGAUGUUACCUUUAGUGGAGGAGCUAUUGGUGCAUACCUCGGAAAUCAGCAAUAUACCAUCCGAAAGUUCAGCUUUACUGGCUGCAAGAUUGCUGUUGAGACUCAUUGGAACUGGGUCUUUAGCGCCAAAUCCUUCUUGAUCAAUAAUUGUCAACUCGGCUUUAACAUUUCUGCUGGGGCUGGAAACGGUCAAGGAACCGGCUCCAUCACUAUCAUGGACACCAUAAUCCUGAACACCCCUAAAGGAAUCGCUUCUUUCUUGAGUGGUACAAACCGUACUUCCCUCAUCGUCGACAAUUUAAAACUCAUAAACGUCCCCAUUGCGGUGACUAGUAACGGUGCCACCGUUUUACCAGGUGGCACAACUGUUAUCGACUCUUGGGGCGCAGGUAUUGCAUAUGAUGAUUCAGAUUCCAUCGGAUACAGAGGGAAAGCACAACAAGGAGGCACUGUUCUCUUUGGUAAUAUUGCCAAGCCAGCAGAGCUCCUUGACGAGAAUGGCAACUGGUUCGAGAGAUCGAAGCCACAGUAUGCGGAUGUCCCUGCGAGCGGCUUCUACGAUGUUAAAGCCAGAGGCGGCGCUCGAGGUAAUGGUCGAAGUGACGACACCGCUGCCUUGAAUAAUGCUCUUGCUGCUGCAACAGCCGCCGGCCAAAUUGCAUAUUUCCCGCACGGAAUAUACCUGGUCACGGAUACUGUUUUCAUCCCUCCGGGUGCAAAGCUUGUUGGAGAAGUGUGGUCUCAGAUCCAGGCUUCUGGUGGUAGGUUCAAUGAUGCGGCGAACCCGCGGGUCAUGCUGCGAGUUGGAAAUCCUGGCGAUGUCGGCUCUGUUGAGAUUCAAGAUCUUAUAUUCGGAGUGAAGGCGCCAACUGCUGGUGCCAUUUUGAUGGAAUGGAAUAUUAAGGCUAGCGCGAAAGGAAGUGCUGGAAUUUGGGGUAGGUCUCUCCUUGUUACUUGA